AUGGGGGCUGUAAAUGGGAGCUGCGUCGCAAGCAAAUGUGAACAGACCGCCGGCGCAAGGAAGGAUUUAUACGGUGACGAGGAAGGAUGCCGAGAACACGCCCGGCAUGGUCACAGGCACGGGUGUACAAACUGCAAGAUAGUGAUUAAUGGUAGAGAGGACAAAAUAGAUUUGGCUGUACUUCCAAUGUAUGAUCUCGAUGUGAUAAUUGGAAUGGAUUGGCUAGGAAAGCUAGGAGCUGUGGUUGAUCGUGGUAGUAGGACGAUUCAAUUUAAUCCAAUUGGUCGUCCUAGGUUCAAGUUUGUAGGGAGUCGAGGAGGAACUUCGAUCCCUUUAGUAUCGUCAUUGGAAGUGACAAAGCUAAUUGAUGAAGGUUGUGAAGCUUAUCUGGCGGUUGUUAUGGAUUCGACAAUAGAAGAGCCAAAGUUUGAGGAUAUACCCGUUGUACGAGAGUUUCCCGAUGUUUUUCCCCAAGACCUACUAGGUUUACCACCUGAAAGAGAAAAGGAAUUUUCUAUCGAGUUGAUUAAUGGGGUGGAACCGAUCUCGAAGGCCCCGUAUAGGAUGUCAAUAUCUGAGCUAAAAGAAUUAAAGGUGCGGAUGCACGAGUUGUUAGACAAAGGAUUUACACAUCCAAGUGCGUCACCUUGGGGAGUACCGGUGUUGUUCGACGGAACCAAGGUUUUACAAUCCGCGGGCACUAACCUUCGGAAGAUAGUGGAAACGAAGGCGGAUAAAAGGAGACCAGAAUUCCGAGUUUCUGAGGAUGGAAUAUUUAAGUUCGGAGGACGACUAUGCGUGCCCAAUGACGGGGAACUUAAGGAAAAGAUUUUGUCAGAGGCCCAUAGGAGUAACUACGGUAUCCACCCUGGUAGUAUGAAGAUGUACCAGAAUCUGCGACAACAUUAUUGGUGGAACGGGAUGAAGGUCGAUGUAGCGAGGCAUGUAGCCAAAUGCUUAACGUGUCGGCAAGUAAAGACACAACAUUGUAAGCCCGGUGGAAUGCUACAACCCUUAGAGAUUCCCGAAUGGAAAUGGGAACAUGUCACGACGAAUUUCGUGAUGGGCUUGCCAAGGAGUCAAAGGGGUGAUGACUCUAUUUGGUUUAUAGUGGACAGGUUGACCAAAUCUGCACAUUUCCUGGCGGUGCGAAAGAAUUUCGCCAUGGACAGAUGCGCCGAGUUGUAUAUGCGGCAGAUAGUCCGAUUGUAUGGAGUUCCCGUGACGAUUACGUUGGAUAGAGACCCCAAGUUCACCGCGUCACUUUGGAAAAGCCUAUAG